AUGCAUUCGGUCCAGACAGCUUUGUGGGACCCCCGCCCCCCAUCUAAACAUGCCUCACCUCUCCCGGCGCCACACCCCACCAGCUUACGCCUCGCCCGUGUGACCACAGCAACUCCGGCAAAGCGGAUCACCUUCUACAAAAGCGGCGACAGCCAGUUCGGAGGCGUCAGGAUGGCCAUCCACAAGCGCAGCUUCAAAUGCUUCGACGCCCUGCUGGACGACCUUUCCCAAAAGGUGCCCCUGCCAUUUGGUGUGCGGACUGUAACCACCCCCCGCGGCACCAACACCAUCAAACACCUGGAGCAGCUCCAGGAUGGCGGCUGCUACCUGUGCUCUGACCGGCGCCAGGCUAAGCCAAUCAACAUGGAGCUGGCCUGCAAACGCCCGAGCAUCUGGUAUCAUCACGGCCGGAGGCCCCAGAGGCCUGAAACCUCAUCCGCAACGCCACCCGGCCAUUUGCCUUACAGGCAGCGACGGAUUCUGCUGGUGAAGAACAGCGAGCCGGGGAUGAGGAGGAGCGUGGUGCUGAGCAGGAGGUCGACCAGGAGCAUGAGGGCCUUUCUGGAUGAAGUGUCCGAGGUGAUGCAGUUUCAUGUCCGCAAGCUUUACACUGCAGAGGGACGCAGGAUUGACAGCAUUCAGACCCUGAUGACUUGCCCUGGUGUCUUGGUGUGUGUCGGCCGGGAAGCGUUCAGUCCACUGCUGAUAAACUAUAUCAAGAAGAGCUCUGAGGAAAAACUGCCUGGUCUGGGCAGCAGGUCCCCUGGUCUCGGCCCCAGGACUCCUGGAAAUGGCGCCCGGUCUCCUGCUACACAAGGAGCAAGAUCCCCGCCUCAUGGAGCUCAGUCCAGAGCCAGCGAGUACAGUGAAGGACAUGAAAGCAAGAAAAAUGUUAACUUUGGUCUGGAAACCAAAAAGAGCAUCAUCCACCCUCGUUCUGAUUCUUCAAACCGCUCUGCCCGCUUCUCUUUGUCUUCAGAGAAAUCAUACGGCAACGGUGUCAGUGCCUACUCCCAGGCCAGGCCGGCUAUUAUGAACGAUGACAUUGAAAAGCGUGUGCUCGUCAAUAAAGACGGCAGCCUCUCAGUAGAGAUGAGGGUGCGUUUUCGCCUCCACAACGAUGAGACCCUACAGUGGUCCACGCAGAUUAAAAAAUCCCCGUCUCUGACCAAUGACUGUUGCCCCCUGAGCCAGGUCCAGUCCGAUUAUCUGCAGCAGGGCCAGUCAGAGAGCUGCUCUGACCCUGAUUCCAUGUCAUUUGACCCGGAGGGUGUGGAUUAUUCCAACCAACCUCUGCAGCGUGCGUUGGAAGCAAACCGCUGCCCUUGCUGCUACCAGAAACAGGCGCAGCAGUAUGACUUGUGGGAAAAUCCAGCACACAGCCACAAACAGCCUCUUGUCCCACCCCUGCAUCCACAUACGUCUAGUCACACCCACACUAUGAUGAGACACACACACUCCUCUAGUUCUUCUUCAUCAUGUAAUUCCAGGAGAGUGGUGCGCUGUCGAGCACAGCUCUCCAGCUGUGGAGCAGGUUCAGGUUCGGAGCAGAGCCAGCUAGUUCAGGAGGAGAUGUGUGUGACGGAGCAGGUUGAGCGCAGAGUCGAGGUGGCGCAGGAUGGAGACACCCAUGUAGAGGUAUGCAGGGUGAGCCGCUGCUGCAGCCGCAGCGAAGUGGUCGCAGUGGACAGCAACCUACGACCGCACAGCAGCAAGUCGGUCGAGGAUGAGCUAAUGAUGGAGGACGAGGGGGUGCGCCCGCUGUCUGCAGUCAGCAGCUCCUCACAUGUCCUGCAAUCACUGAAAGAGGACCAGGAUGAUGAUGAUGACGAUGAAGAUUACGACCUGCCACCCAGCGCCUCACAGUGCUGUCACAGCAAUGAACCGUCACCAUGCCCAACAUCCCAGACUCAGGACAAGCCAGUAAGUAAUGAAGGCAGAGGAAGCAGGGCAUUAUCUGUAGCUUCCUCCUGUCACUGUGGAGCAGAGGAGACAGAUCGGGCUCCCAGCUCCAAGUCCAGAAUGAGCAGAACCUCUUGCAGGUCUAGCAAAGCCAAGAUCCCAAACUCAGAGGAAGAGGGGGCAGCAGAUGAUGAGGAUGAUGAGAUAAAGAGGGGUGUCAGUGGCUUGUCUGGUCACACAGGACUUUCAGCAGGCUCUCAGAAAUCAGGAGUUUCCAGUGUGUGCCCUAACUGUGGGGGCUGCAAACAUGGAGUCAACUCUGAUUCCAAUAGUACAGCUUCACAGAGGUCCCACCGUUCCCUUCAAGUCUCUCCAAGUCCUGCCUCACCCCUCUACAAGCAAGAGAAUGCCACUAAUGGCAGUAAUGACGAUGACUCAGAUGAUUCAGCUAUGUCAACACAAUCCAACAAGACCAACCUCACCAACCACGGGCGCCUCUCUGCAAUAUCAAAUGUCCUGGACGGCAGAGCAUCUGGUGCCAUGUCCAGAACACCCACACCCACUGAGCCAGCAGUAAAAGAGGAAGAACGGGCUCCUAGUGCCGCCUCAGCAACAAGCCACAGGUCCAACAAAUCACACAAGUCUGGCUGUAACGGUGCCACUGAUGUCACGGGUGACAACGAGGAGGAGAGAAGCCCCAGCGCCACUGGGGCUCAGUCCAACGUGUCUGCCAAGUCCAGAAAGUCUCACAAGUCCAACUGCAGCGGCACAGCUGAAGCGCCUGACAUGACAACAAGAGAGGAAGCAGAGGGAGAGAAUGCUGUAGAGAGAGCAACCAGCUCCAUGUCAGCCAAAUCUGGUGUUUCGGCAAAGACCAGUGCUUCAGUCAAGUCUAAUAAGUCCAACUGUCCAGGAAGUACUCAGGUUGCCUCCCCAGUUGACAAUACAGCUGUGGAGGAUGAUGACACAAACAAAAAAUCUCCCAGUAGCCUUUCUGUAAAGUCUAAUGCUUCUGCCACAUCUGGCAAGGCAGAAAGACCUGACAGUGCCCUGUCAGCUAAAUCAGCUAAAUCAAAUGUAACAGCAAAGUCCAGCACUUCUCAUAGGUCCACUUGCAGUCGCUGUGCAAAAGUAGUAUGUCCAGAUGCUAAGGUAGCAGAUGAACCCAUCAAAGCAUCAGGACAGGAAGACGGAACAGAGGGGGAAGAGAGAGCAGCGAGUGCCAUGUCAGCCAAGUCCAAUCUGUCUGUGAAGUCGAACAAAUCCCAUAAGUCCACCAAAGCUUUGGAGAGGUCACUUUCUCCCAGGUCACAGGCUGAAGGAGAUGGAGAAGAAAGGGCAGUCAGUCAAAUGUCUGCCAGAUCAGUUAAAUCUAACACGUCUGUUAAGUCCUCAAAGUCUUGUAAGUCUAACUGUAAUCGCAAUGAAACUGUGGCAUCUCCAGGCUUACAGGUCGCAGAGGAAGCUGAAGAAAAAGAAAACGAGACUGUAGAGGAGGAGACACAGAAGAGGUCAGAAAGUGCAAUGUCUGCUAAAUCUGAAAAAGAAGAAAGAGCAGCCAGUGCCAGGUCCUCAAGGUCUCAUAAGUCUAACUGUAAUGGUAACACAGGAGCAAGUCCUGAAAGACAAGACAAUACAGAAGAUGGUGAAAAAGCUGAGGAACGGGCUGCUAGCGCUUUAUCUGUUAAAUCAGAUUGCUCUGUAAAGUCUAACCAUAUAAAGACAGACGCAGACAGCAUGGUGGACAGAACCCCCAGCGCCAUGUCGGGGAAAUCACACAAGUCCCAGAAGUCAGAGCGCAAUGCAGCAUCUCCAAACAGAGAGGAGAAGCAAGAUGAAGGUCAAGAACGGGUUGCUAGUGCCAUGUCUGUAAAGUCCAAAUCUUCAGUGAGGUCCAGUACUUCUCACAAGUCAAAUUCUAGCAAGAAUCUCAAAUCAGUGUCACCAAGUCCAAAUGUUGUUACCAUUAACACACCAGAGGAAAAUGAGACAGCGGAGAGAGCACCAAGCACUGCUUCAGCUAAAUCAGUGAAAUCUAAUGUUUCGUCCAAUCAUAAUGGAACAGCUGAUGAAAAGGCUGUGGAAGACAGAACACCGAGAAGUAAAUCCUCUGAACACUUACUUGGCCAAACACUUUCACCCAAGAGGAUACGUUCCCCAAGGACCCACGCACCUAAAGUUCCAGCUGUAUCCCCCAACAGUCCUCAGUCCUCUGUCCAAAAGCUGCUGCCUGGCCCCAAUGCUGAAGAGACAAGAGGGCCCAGUGCCUUGUCAGUUCACUCCACAACCUCUGCUAAAUCUGGCAGGUCCAAAUGUCACUGUGGAGCAGCUUCAGCACUUGCAAAGGCGAAGAAAGAAAAGGAAGAGGAGAAUAAGGAAGUGGAGAAAAGGGAAGACAACGAGGAGCUUAAAAGUGAGGAGGCUUCUGAGCAGGCUGCUAGCAUCUUAUCAUCCUCUUCCAAAAGACAGAGAAGGGAAUCAGGAGGCACUGAGCAACCGCUGAGUCGACACUCAUCAGGGUCAGUCUCUCUUGGGUUGCCAGAAGACCAAGAAACAGCUGACUCAGACAGCGGCAAGUCCAGCAUUUCGUUUCACACAAACACUGAGAGUAAGGGCCGAGUGAAGACAGCAACUCCUGAUGUCCCCAAAAGCGCAGAGGAGUCUGCUGUAAAGGAAGAUGUGGAGGAAGCAGGGUCCACCGUGUCUCAAAAGUCCAAGAAUAAUAGCAAUAAAAGCACCUCGUCUCACAAUCUUCCAGCAGUCGAUAUCCCCACUAUUGAAACUCCUGGAGAGGGUGAAGAUAAAGAUAAAGAUGAAGAAGAUGGAGUGCAGAAAACAGAAAGAGCAGCCAGUGAAGUUUCAGCCAAAAGCAACAGGUCUCACAAGUCCUCUUGUAACUGUAGUGUCAAAGCAGCAGCUCAUAAGCCUAAAGAGCGACGUGUUAGUGCCAGCUCAGCAGGAAAUGACCUUGAAACAGAAAGUGUGAAGUCUGCUUCAACAUCAAAAGCUAAAAAUCUGGAUACCCCCGACAAGAGAACCUCAUCUGCAAUGUCAUCGGCAAGUGCUAAAGUUCGGAAUAAAUCCCCUGCAAGUGCCAGCGCAGCAAAAACACCUGUUGGAGACUUAUCAAGUAAUGACACUGAAAACCAGAACAUCAGUAGACCAGUGAGUGAGGCCAAAGGGAAAGAAGACAUUGCAGAUGACGAGACAGCCAGUGUUCACUCCAAGAGUCCAUGUUGCCUCAGGCCUGAGUCUGCAGCUUCAGCUCAAUCAGGAGCAAAAAUGAAAGCCACAAAGCAAAGUAAAGGAGACGAUUCAGUCAAAUCUGACCAUUUGAAUCCAGUCAAAGGUCCCAAGGCCAGAUCUACUGCAGGUAGCGACAGUGGCAGUGUCAAAACAUCCAGUUCCCAAAAGAAAGAAACACUUAUCAAAUCCUCUAGCCCUGGUCCCUCACACAGCUCCAGACCAAGCAGUAAAGUGGAGACAUGUAGUGAAAGUACUCUGUCUCACUCUCUGUCAGCGGCUGACCUGCUAAAGGAAACCAUGGCGGCCCGUCCACACAGCCAGCAGUCGAAGGCCAGCAAAACCAGCGGCAAAACCAGGAGUGAGAAAAGCGCCAAGUGUCAGAAAAUCAAGAACCAGAAUGAUCAGGAGGAGGAGCUGACACCUGCCUGUCUGCCCAACGCUUCCCCUAAUGAGGUUGUCAGCAACUGGCUGCAGAGCAUUCCUGUUGACAGCAGCAUGCUGACAGUAGGUGAUGAGCUGCAUGAGGGCGAGCAGGACGAGGAGGUGGAAGAGAACCCUGGAGAAGAGGUAGCAAAGGAGGGGGAGAGUACUGAAAAUGAGAAAGUGGAGAAAGAGGAGAAAAGUGAAGCUGAAGAGGGAGUAGAGAAGGAGGGAGAAGCUAAAUGUGAUGCAGUAGAGGAGGAGAAGAGUCCAGAUCCAGCUCCAGGUGAUGCAGUGGGGACUUCUUCUCGAAACAACCCUCUGCUAUUGAGUAGUGAGUCUCUGCCCAGGAACUGGCAUUCUUCUGCCGCUGUAAUGAAGGUUCUUCUGAGCUCCUCUCUGGGUCGAUGCCGGAGCAUGCCGGAGGUGUCUCCAGUUUAUGGUCGCAGACUGAGCACAUCGGCCAGAGGGCUGUUGGACUGUCUGGCCCAGCUCCAGCUCAUUGAACCUGCAGGGAGCCCUGGCUAUGAUCAACAGAAAGACCGCAAACAGCAGUAUGAAGACAUUAUGGCCAUCCUCCAAUCCCUCUGGCUCACUGAACCCAGGGACAUUGAGGCCAUGAGGGUGAAGGACACUGGCGGAGAGCAGGUGACGCCACCAAGGUCCUCAUCCGGGGUGGACAUGAGCAGUGGCUCUGGUGGAUCAGGAAAGGAGAAUGGAAAUCAAGGUGGAGAUGAAACACCCCCAAAAGAGACAGAAUCUCUACAUGAGGAUGAUGGAGCAGAGAAGGGUGUAGAAAAGGAUGAGGAAAGAAAUGCAGAGGCAGGACAUAAGGACACUGAGGCAGAACCAGAGGAGACAUCCACACAACAAGCAACUCCAAACAUAGCAGAUGAACAGGAGCAGAGCGAAGAACAAAGUACAGUCCCUCCAAGUCUGGACAGCCCAAAAGCCACUGACAACCCCUCAUCGUCGGAGAAGAGCUCUGCCAACGACAGCUCCAAAUCCCCCACCGAUAAUGAGCAUGAGACGGUCGAGGACUCCAGUUCAGGCACACCUCCAACUGUGCUGCGAGCACCCUUGUCCAAACGACUAUCCCAAGACCCUGAUCCAGUCUGGGUCAUGCACCUUCUGAAGAAGCUGGAGAAACAGUUCAUGAACCAUUACAUUAACGCCAUGGCGGAGUUUAAGGUUCGCUGGGACCUUGAUGACAGUCUCAUCUUGGACACAAUGAUCUCUGAGCUCAGGGACGAGGUGAGUCGGCGCAUCCAGAGCAGCAUUGAACGCGAGAUGAGGAAGAUUCAGAGUCGGGCUGGCAGAGGGGGGAGGUCGCCCCGCCCACCGCAAGGAGGGAACCUCUCCAGGGAGUCCACCAUGACAGAGAAGAGACGUCGAAUGUUAAAGGUCAUGAAGAACCAAUCAGUGAAAACCGCUGACUCUCUCAGCGAUGGAGAGAUGACAGGUGAAUUCAGUGACCAGCGAAGCGACGAUGAAUACUGCCCCUGCGAUGCUUGUGUUCGGAAGAAAAUGGCUGCCAGACCUCUCAAAACCAACCCCAUGGCGGCUGAAGCACCAGUGAUGAUGGAGUUUGACCUCCUUAAGAUACUUCAGCUGAAGAAAAGCCCAUCACCUGCGCCUGUAGCCGUGCCCCAAUCCACAGAUAAGGAAGUAGACAGAGUGGUCAUAGAUGAGGAGGGGAGGAAUUUAGAGGUAGUGAGGGAGGAAGAGGAGGAGGAUGAAACCAAAGAGGACAUUAAAGCUGAGAUUGUUUUAGAGGAGACGAUCCCAGAGGAGGACGAGGAGAUGGAACAAGAAGAAGACGGGGGUGAGGCAGGAGAAGAGGAGGAGGUAGGAGAUGAAAAUAGUUUAGAUGAUGAGGAGCAUGAAGAGGGACAGACAGGUGGUGAGGAAACUGGAGAAGAGGAAGCGCCGGUAAAUGGAGAGGAGGAGGAAGAGGGGGAAGAAGAGGGGGAGGGAGAAUGUCAAUGCCAGUCUGCCCGAAAUGAGGAGGAGAGUGACGAGGCAGAAGAGGGAGAGGAGGCUGAGGAGACCGGUGACAACAAAGGUGAGGAUGAAACAACAGAUGAUGAAGAGAGACGAAAGGUGGAAGGGGGUGAGAACGCAGAGGAUGAAGAAGAGACAGGAGAGGAUGAGACGGGGGACAACGAGGGUGAGACAGGAACUGGGGAGGAGGAGAGCGACAAGGAGACAGUCACAGAGGCAACAGCAGGUAAAGGAGAGGCCACUGACAAUGGUGAGGAUGAGGAGGAGACAGAAGAGAAAGAGUGUGAGGUGUGUGAUUUUAAGCCUGAGGAAGAGGAAACAUCAGAGGGGGAGAGCGGAGGAGAGGAGGAGACAGACGGUGACAAUGUUGUAAAGAAUGAGGCAAAGGAAAAAUCGACUCCGGCAGAGGAGUUUGUGGAGGGAAACGUCAGCACGUCUGCAGAGGCAGAGGAUGAAGAUGACGGGGAAGAUGGCACCGGAGAGGGGGAGUCGCAUGAGGACGGAAAGGGAGGAGAGAGUGAGAAGGGGGAAGAGGAGUCAUCUGAGGAGGAAAGAGCCUCAAAACAGGACCAGGGGGUGGCUCCACCUGUCUGUGUGACAGAGGGAGAGGAGGCCGACGCCGAAGACUCAGACACCGACAACAAGCGUCCAAGUGACACCAGCGCGGACGAAUCAGGACGCGAGGGUGCUGGAACCACAGGAGACGAGGAGGAGAAAGAGGGAGGAAGAGAUGGAGAUGAGGAGGAGGUUGAAGAGGAUGCUGUGGAGGAGUUCAAGCCUGAGGAGGAGGUGAAUGGCAGCAUGAGAAAGGAUGGCGCUCUCCUCCAUCAGUUCACCAGGACCUCUGUGGAGUCCCAGCCGGGGUCCCUGGAGAACAUUGACAUGGAUUCACUCCUGAACCCUGUGAGCUCUGUAGAAGUGCCCAAAAUGGCUGCCGGCAUAUCCACCACUGGUGGUACGAGCCAGAGAAGGAGCCGGUCGCCAGCCAGGGUCAAACGUCGCAAACCCAAAGAGAGUGAUGUCGAACUGGAUAACUUAUAA